UAUUAGACAAGGGGGACAGCGGCGGCCAAGAGUCUUUGUCAGACAGCUAUCCCCGCGACUAGGAUUGUAUACACUCCUGCUGUCGCUCUCAUUUUAGCGACCUUGUUCUCAGGCGAGGAGACUGGCGAGGUGAUCGCCUGUCUCUGAUCUUGCAGGCGCGAUGAUCAAGUUCAUCUUGGUACAGAAUAGACAAGGCAAAACCCGUCUCUCGAAAUGGUAUGCCCCUUAUGACGACGAAGAGAAGGUGCGACUUCGAGGCGAAGUCCAUCGUCUGAUAGCUCCGCGUGAUCAGAAGUAUCAAUCAAACUUCGUCGAAUUCCGGAAUGACAAAAUCGUCUACCGACGAUACGCCGGCUUAUUCUUCUGCGUUUGUGUGGACUCGAACGAUAAUGAACUGGCGUACCUGGAGGCUAUUCACCUGUUCGUCGAGGUCUUAGACGCAUUCUUCCAGAACGUCUGUGAAUUGGACUUGGUAUUCUCUUUCUACAAGGUUUAUGCCAUCCUGGACGAAGUGUUCCUUGCCGGAGAGAUCGAGGAGACCUCCAAACAGGUCGUACUGGAUAGAUUAGAUUAUCUCGAGAAGCUGGAAUGACGCUUUGCUCCUUCGCGACAGCUCCAAACUCAGGGCCAUUCCAUCUAUUACGAGUUUCCCACUGUACCUUACUUCUCUCGUGUAUCAUAGCUUUUUCUGUGGAUGCAUCUGUCGAAUGCC